AUGACAAGUUCUGAAUGGCAUAGGUAUUUUGACGACUAUGAUGCUAGUAAUUGGAACGAUCCAAAAAAACUACGCUAUCAAAAGGCAAAUGACGUUGUCACAAAAAGUCUACUGUCUCUUAUUAACGAUUGUGAAGAUGACGUGAAGAAUCAGGCAGCUGCAAAACUUCUAGCAAACAAGGCAAGUAUGGCAACAAUUGUUAAUGCUAGGAGAAAUCAACUGUUUGCUGAUCCUCUGAAUGCCUUUUUGGAUGCAUGGCUUUGUCGCGAUGUCGAUAUGCAAUAUAAGAAUCUCGAGCAAUUAGCGCAUACAAAAUUAAAUUGCGAACAGAUUGAUAAUGUUACAAGAUUCUCAUCCGCUUUGACUGGUGCUGCAGUAAAGAACUUAAGCAACGUUAUACCAGAGUUGACAUCAGUCAUACCGAGUAAACGACCUCUUGAAUCUCUUAAUUCAGAAAUAGCGUCAACAGGACAAGAAAUACCAGAGGGAGCACGAACACCACCACCCAUAUCUCCUCCGAAUAAAGAAGAUUCAAAAAGGAUUCAGCCGAAAAGACAGUCCACCGAAUCAAAUGACUUUGACGAUAGCGAGAUCGAAGAUGCACAAGAAUAUAAGCAAGAUGGGUCUCGCACGCCUCCAACCAUUGCAACUCCUCCAACUUUCACGACUCUGAGUAUAAGACGUACUAAGAAUUUGAUUAAUGAAUAA